AUGAUGACGUGUGAUAAACAAAAGGAAAAUUUCAUAAAACAACAACAGCAGUCAAUUGAGGACAAAAAAUUGAAUACAAAAAAUAUUGCCAACACUAUCAUUAGUCAUACUAAGAGCAGCAGCAAAAAGAAUAAAUUUAAUAAAACUACAAAUUUUACAAACUCCCGAAUGAUGAUGAUGGAAGAAUUUUCUCCGCUAAAAAAAGUUCAAAAACAGCUAAACAUUAAGGCAAAUACCAGCGGCUAUAUAAAGGAACAAAAACAGCAGCAGCAACCAACAAUUAUUAGUAAAGUUUUAACACAAGAAGUAUCCACAAUGGCUCAGCAGGCAAUGAAACAAACACACAUGACCUUAAAGAGAUAUUUUGAAUUUUCAAAUGAUGCUGCCAACACAACAUUAACAAAAACUAAGGCAACAGCUAGUAAAAGAAUAAACAAAAACAUGAAUAUAAAGCAAAGUACACAGAAAAUAGACCAACAUAGCUCAAACAAAGCAUUUUCAAUGAUAAAUUCAGGCAAACACGAGUAUCAACUACAGUUACGUCCAACAUUUGCCAACACUACUGACCCAGCAGACAUUAUACCAAAUCUGGCAACUAUAUCGUUAUCAUCAUCAUCAUCAUCACCACUAUCUACAUCUUCACUUCUACCACCACCAACAGCAGCAACAACAACAUACACAAUACAAGCAACAGAAUUUUCUGUUGCUGCUACAAUUCCUGUUACUGGGGAUGAUGUUGAAAAUUCACAAAGUAAAAUUGAACAAUGCAAUAAUGUUUGCAUUAGUUCAGAAUGUGGCUCAAAGCAAAAAUGUACACAACAACAGAAACAAAAGCAACACUGCAAAAGUGCGAAUAUAAGUAGCAGCAAAUAUAAUUUCAACAACAUCCGCACUUUCAGUAAAACAAACAUAAAUACUCAUAUUACUGAUGGUAAUGCAGAUGCUGCUUCCACUUUUAUAUCCCCAACUCAAACUGCUGCAGUUGAGGGUACAACAAAUACCAACAUUAUUACCACCACUAACAAGGCCAACAUAAGAUUCAACACUAUUUCUACAACUACCAUCUCCGCCACAGCUACACACAAACAUAAUGUUGAUCCUACUACUAAAGCUGCUGAUGUUGCUACUGCUGCUACUAGACCAACAGAACUAUCCACAGUAGCAGCAGCAGCAACAACUGCAUAUUGCAAAGUAUUUCCCUUACGACGACGUUUCUACCAAAAUACCAAACAACUGGAAUGUUUACUACGUACUGUAGUGUUGAGCUUUAUUUUUGUCAUGUCGAUGCAAUAUCAAACUGGUAAGUAA